UUAUUUUUACUUGGUAUAGAAAAUAAGUAUGAAGAAUUCGAUACACUAUAUGAUAAUUUUCAAAGCGAGCUUAUUUCUCCAGCUAAAAAUAAAAAUUAUCACUUCAUGAUAUUUAGAAAAUCAUUGAUCUUAGAUGAUACUGUUACAAUUGAACAACUAUGGAGUGAACUUCUUGAAACUGGAACUGACACUUAUAGAAUUAAAUUUCAUAACCAAUUAAUAAACCGAUACAAAAAAUACAACAAAAACGGUUUAUUUGCAAGAAUACAUGAAAAUAUUACGGGAAAGAAAAAAAACUUAUCAGAAGAGUAUAAAGAGUAUAUGGUAUUAAUUCAAUCGUACUAUAAUGCUGCAAGUACAUAUUAUUUUUCUAAGAACUAUCAAUUUGCAUAUAAAGUGGUCACUGAUGGUUUAAAUUUUUUCAAUUCAAUAAGAGAAAAAUUAUAUUCUAAUGAUUAUAAAACACAAAAAAAACAUGUAGAUAUAUGGAAUUUACUAUUACUAACAUUGAAAUUAGAUAUAAUGACUACUGAAGGAAACAAUUUUGGAGAUACUGGUAAUGUAAGGAUGGCAGUACGAGAAGAAGAAAUAAAAUUUGUUCAAAUUGAUUACGCUAAACCAUUUCCCAGUUCAGCAGUAUUAUUGUUUCGAAGACAUUUUUUAGAUUAUGAGAACAAUAUCACGAAGGACAAAAUUCAAAUAUUGCAUAAAUUAAGGAGAUGGUUAAAUAAUGAGAAGUUAUGGACGGAGUUAGACGACGAUAUUUUGUAUAGAAAACACAUUUCUAUGUACAAGUUCUUAGUACUUUUCACCAUAAGUUCUGAACAAGGAGACAAAUUAAGUAAUAUACUUAAAGCAAUCGAAAAACCGGUCUUAUCCAUUGAAGAUAGAUUACUAAACUAUAAAGCAACUCAAUUAGCAUUGAACCAUAUUGUUAAACCAUGCAUAGAUAUGACAGAUUACAAUGAGGAUAUGUGUGAAAAAUUGAAGAAUUAUAAUAGUAAUACAGGAAUAACAAGUAUUGAGUCCACAAUCAUUGACAAAUUAUAUUUUUUAUACAAUAUGGACACAGAUGUAAUAGCUAUGCUUAAAACAGAACUAACGACGGAUAAUCAUAUUAUUGACCAAAAUAAAUUACAUGUAAUUGUGAGUGCGAGUUUGGACAUCAACAUUGAAUCAGAAAUAUACUUCAUCAAUUUAAACAAUUCCAGUCAAGCAAUUGCAUUACUGAUUGCUUAUACCGAAGUUCAUGAAAAAAAAAUUAUAAAAGAAGAUGAACAAAAAAAAUCUAAAAAUAAAAAGUCAAAUGUGACCGCAAAAAUGAGAAAAUCCAAAAAAUUCGAUUCUAAUGAACAAUUGUAUAACCAAUUCACAAGUACAAAAUAUACGACAUAUGAAAUAUUAAACAAUCUUUUUAUUGCCUAUAAGUGGUUAAUGGAACUGUUUGCAGUACAGAGUAAUAAUUCACAAUUUCGUUUAUAUACAUCAAAAUUCAAUCAAGCUAAAAAUAAUGCAAAUAUAGUGGCAUCCAAAGAAAAAGAAUUGCUCGGCAGUGAACUAUUAGUUAAUGAUGAACAUUUUAUAUAUCUAAAAGCUAAACAAAAGAGCAAAGUGCUAUUAUCUAGUGAUAAAUGGGAACCUUCGAAUAGACCUGGUGGUUGGGUUCAGGAUAGGUCAAGUAAAACGAUAUUAAAAUAUUUUGACCCAACAGAGAUCAAGAAAAAUGAUAUACUUGAACCACUUAUAAAACUGAGAGACAAUUCGAAAAGUCCAUACAUUAAUAGGAUUGAAAUAUUUACUAUAAUAUUUAGGUAUCAUUGGAAGCUGAAACAAGAUUAUGUUGCGAUGUACACAAGUAUAAAGAGUGCUAUUUCCGAAAUAGUUGUUACUCCUGAGGACCGCUUGAGGAAUUUAGAAGCACAUGAAUUAUUUACUAUGUAUUUGAUGGACAGAAAUGAAGUUGGAAUUAAAUUGUCGAAUGUACUUGAUAUUGGUCAAGUAUAUAAUACAUUUUUGAUUAAUCCUGAAAUCCGUUAUGAGAAUAAUAUUACCUAUAAAGAUUUUUGGGAUGACGAGGAUGAUGAUACUAACAUAGACAUUAAUAAUACAAUAUAAUUUAUUAUUAUAAUUAAUUAAUCACUAUAAAUUGUAAUAAUUUUUAAAACUUACUUAGAUAUAAAAUUAUAUUAUCAAUUAAAAUCCAUAAUUAUAAUAAUAUUACCUUUUUACAAUAUUGUAAAAAAAUAUUUUGAUAUUAUAUCUUUAUAAAUAUUUAUUUAAGACCAUCCUUUAAACGUUUACAUAAUAUAUUAUGUAGUUUUAAAAUUGUAUGAAAAAUAUUAUUAGUAGUAGUUAAUUAACUUGAUAGUUACUAUUUUUAAUUUUAUGUCGAAAUUACAUAACAUUAUAUACAGAGAAA